AUUCGCUGCAUCUGAGUCCUCUGACUCUGCUCCCACAAUUCAACAGGCAACAAAGGAAGAAAGGAAGAGGCCGAACGCUAGAAAGUGUUAGCCAACCUAGGCUUGAAGAUGUCAACUUAUUGUUUAAUUCUGCUCGGCAAUUUAAAGCUAUAUGUUUAGAGUAGCACAGGGUCCUGCCAUAUAAUCGCUUUGCGCUUUCUGUUUUGCGUGGGAGCCGACUGAAGGGAAGGUGAUGGUAAUGUUUUCGACAGAAAGCGCUAACAAAGCUAGCUGGCUCAGGUACUAAGCCUGUAUAAGUCAAGCUAACAUUAGCCAACAAUCGUCAAGGAGCGAAGCUUAAAUGAAGGUGUUGUGCAAGGCGAAUGCGUAAACCUUCGUGCUGUCUUGGCCAUCAGUACAAGCAGAAGUGAUCGGUGAAAGGCUAACAACCGGAGCUAAGCUACAUCCAUGCUUUUGUGUCCGCAGGCCUUUUCAGCAUCCAAUGAAAGGUGGUGGAAGUGGAACUUGACCCAGCCAACUGAGUCACCAUUUUCCUGCUCAUCAUGGGUUUAAUGGCUCCACUGUAUGCAUGACUUGUUUCAUGUGGCCUGAUGGGAGGACACGGUGGAUAGUACUUUCAUCAGGAUACCAGGAGAGCCAUCCCAUGCCCUCGUUUUGGAGGGCCUGUCAGAAUGAAGAAGAUAAGCCUUAAGACCAUCCGCAAGUCACUCAGCAUAAAGGGCAAAGAGGAGGGUGACUUUGUCAUGCUCCAGCAGCCCUCGGUGACUGCAGAGUUUUCUAAGGAUGAGUCACUUUUUGGGGGCUGCUACACCAAAGAGCUUUCUGCCUGUGAUAUUGCUAGCGAAGAUGAAAAAGGGGGACAGAACAAGGGCCGCUCAAAGAGUGAGACUCUGAUGGGAUCGCUAAAGAGAAGGCUGUCUACCAAACAGAAGGCGAAAGUGAAAGGCGGCGCCUCGACCAUAGGCUCAGUGGACGAUGAAGACACCUUCUCAUCUAAUUCGGUCCCGAUCAGCUUCAAUGAGGUAAAAGCUCAGAGACCCCUUAGAUCUGCAUCCCUCCGGAGUCAUCAUUAUAGCCCUUCUCCGUGGCCUCUGCGCUCUGUCAACUCUGAUGAUGCGUGCAUCAAAAUGGAGGUAAAAGUUAAAGCCAUGGUUCACUCUCCUAACCCAAGUCCCAACUUAAACGGUGUCCGGAAAGAAUUUCAUGAUUUCCAGAUGGAAGGGCUCCUUCAGGACCAAGCAGAGUCCUUAAAGAAUCUCCAGCAACCGCAAAAUGGUGAGCUGCAUCUAAAUAUUGAUGAAAAUGAUGUGCCUGUGGUGCUGGGGUUGACGCCCCAGGACUACAUCCAGUACACAAUGCCUUUAGAUGAGGGAAUGUAUCCCGAAGGGUCUCACUCUUUCUGCCUGGAAGGUUCCUCUCCUAUGGAGGUGGUGACAGAGGCAGACAAUGGGUCCCUCCACACAGAGCAGGGACAGGAGGAGCAUGAACUGGUGAAUGGGAUGCCUCCAGAUAUAUUCAUGGAGACCUCAGUCAAUAGUAUUCUUAUUGGUUCUGCUGGCAUGAUGCUCCAAAACUCAAGAGUGGAGAUGCCACCUCCCCUUUCUCCACUCCUGCCACCCAUGACUAGUAAUGGACAUAUUCCAAGGACAUUUUCGGGCUUUAGCUCUGCAGACAGCCAGGUAGCUGAGAGGGUAAGACACCACCUCAACUUUGACCCAAAUUCGGCUCCUGGGGUUAGUCGGGUAUACGACUCAGUCCAGAGCAGCGGGCCCAUGGUUGUGACCAGCCUGACGGAGGAGCUGAAGAAGCUUGCUAGGCAGGGCUGGUACUGGGGUCCCAUCACACGCUGGGAGGCAGAGGAAAAGCUGGUCAACCUGGCCGAUGGAUCAUUUCUGGUCAGAGACAGCUCUGAUGACAGAUACCUGCUCAGCUUGAGUUUCAGAUCGCAGAGCAAAACCCUCCACACCCGCAUCGAACAUUCCAACGGACGCUUCAGCUUCUACGAGCAGCCCGACGUGGAGGGACACACAUCAAUUGUUGACUUAAUCGAACACUCUAUCAAAGACUCAGAGAAUGGGGCUUUUUGUUAUUCCAGAUCUCGCUUACCAGGAUCUGCAACCUACCCCGUCAGACUAACCAACCCAGUAUCUCGGUUUAUGCAAGUGCGCUCCCUGCAGUACCUUUGCCGCUUUGUCAUUAGGCAAUAUACAAGAAUAGACCUUAUCCAAAAACUGCCCUUACCUAACAAGAUGAAAGAUUAUCUGCAGGAGAAGCACUACUGAGGAUACGGAUGGUAAUUUGCACUUUUGUGUUUAGUUAAGAGAUUUACAAAAGGGGUUUACAGACAACUACAGUUUUGAGAUGAUUGGUUCUGGUGGCUCUUGAUUUGUGUCCGUGUGACCCUGUCACUGUUCGGCCCUUCGUUCCACUAUUCUGGGGUUUUUUGCAGGAGGCUCUACUUCCAGAAAUGUAGGCCAGCACAUAAUCUAUCGCAAAAACACAGCAGAGAUAUACAGCCAAGUAAUCUUAUCCGAAUGCAUCAAGUGCAGAAGCUGAUGUUGGUUACAUUAACAAUAAUCCAGCUGUGCAAGUGUAACAGUUUUUUGUUAGUUUUUUAAAAGAAAUUGUAUCGGCAUUGAGACUGCAGAGUAGGGAAAAGAAUAUUCCUCUAAAAUUCUAUCACUUGUUAAAUUCAAUCUGUAGUAGAUAUGAAGGAUGAUUCCAACAUGGAGCGGUAUUUUUUUUUUUUUUUAGGUCUCUGCAGACUGACCAAUUUGGCUCAUCUUUUGCUGGUUUUUUUUUUUUUUUCCUUCACUUACAACACUCAGACUGCAAAUGAGAACAUUAUGCAUCUGUACUGUGCUGUUAGUCAAAUAGAAAGAUAGGGCAUCAUCAUAUUUGCAACGACUGACCUAUUAUUCUGAUUGUAAAUUUGCAAAAAGAAAGAUUAUAAACCUAACUCCUCAUUCAGAGGAUUAAGUUUCUCCGUGACCCUUUAUUGGCACGUGGCAACGCUUAUACGACCAAUACUUAAAUGCUUCUGUCUUAAUAUGGGACCGACUUUACUUUUGGAGCUUGUCACACGGCUUAUUUUCAGCCGUACUGUUAAACACAUAGGCUUUAAUAAACACGAUUAUCUGUUGAUGAAAGGUUUACCUUUAGUAUCCAGGAUUUACAACUGUAUAGCAAAAGAUGUCCACAAUCUGCCAGCCUGCCAGAGCCUUCAAACAGAUCAUUGAGAGACGUAGCUUUAAAUUAUAUGGCUGCAUGCAGCCAUUAUACAUUGUGCAAGCCUAAAGGUACUGAUAAUGCUGGAUUUUAAUGUUGUGCUGUUUGUGGUAACAGCAUAAAGUUUAUGUAUAAACCUUUUUAAAAUAUGCUAAAAGUGAAAAAAAAAAAAAAUCUGCUUUGGGAAUGUUACAAAAACUGCACCGCAGCUCAGGCCUAACAAGUUUGUCACUAUGUGUAAUGCUUUUAUCUGCAUGUUAUAAAGGCUUUAAGACUGUCAAUUAAAGGCAGUGUACAAACUACACUAAUUGAGAGAAGAUGUCACAGUAAAAGGGGGGGGGGGAGAUUUUUGGCUGUUAUUAAAGCGCGACACUGAGUAAAAGGCUGUUAAAUGCGCAGUUGCAUUUACCUUGGGCAGUUUAUAUAUAGACAAAAUUGCCCUCAAUUAACUUAUGACUGGGGGGGUGCAAAUAAACAAACAAAAAAAAAAAACAGGUCUCUAGUCAAUUGACAAUCUGAAUGUAGGGAUGGCUGUUUCUUAGUCUCUUAAUGCCUGCAAUGAGCUGGACACAGAUCAAAAGAAUCCUAAAACUGAGGAUGCUUAGGUGAGCGGAUUUGGGAAAGCCAGAGUUGAGUCCUCCUCGCCAUCUCGGAGUGAUGCCAGUGUUUCAGCAUAUGACAAAAGUUCAGUCACAGCUGCAUGUUGUCAUUAGUGUUACAUGGGUUUUCAGGACAUGUAAACAGGCGUACAGUUUUUGUCAUUGCUCAGUCACAUUGUUCUCAGUCUCCACAGAACUGCACUACCCCACGGAUUAUCUCUCUACUGGGCUGUUUCUGCCAGAGUAAAGGGAAGAGCACACAGUAUGCUACGCAAGUGCUUUAUAUGGAUACUUGACAGGGAAUUGUGCUUUCACAUUAUGAAUGAGCAUUUCUUUAUAUUAUUAUUAUUAUUUUUUUGACAUCAGUGUCCUUAAAAGUAUUUGGAACAACGUUGGUAGGUCGUUAGCGCAUAGUUCUAGAUUGUUAGCUGGAAACGGUGGUGUCUGCGGAAGUUACUAUGAAUCUAGCACAGCAGAAAUUAGAUAGGAACUUUGAAUGGUGUUGCAUGUUUAAAAACGUAACCUUUUAAAGCUUUUGAGUUGUAUAGGAAUGAAGGAUUUGGGUCGUGCGUUCGGCUGUGUCGAGAGAUGUUUCUGUCACAAGCAUUGGCUGGAUAUUCUUUGUACAAGAAAUGUAUUUUUCUUUCUUUUUGAAUUCUUGAUUUUUCUUCUUUUUUUUUUUUUUUUUUUUUGGUUUUUUUGUUUUGUGACAUUUGCCAUCUGGGGGAUGUGGUUGUAUAGAGGGAAUGUGCGCUUGUUUGAGGUAUCCAUUUUUAUCUGCCUGCAGACCAUUUUCAGAAAGCUUGGGAAGCAUAAAAACUACAUUGACACAUUAUUUGCACUUGAACAUUUUUUAUACUUGGAUCCUCUCCUGCCUACAGUUUUCCUUCAGAUGGUGUGUGUGCGUGUGUGUUUGUUUUUUUUUUUUGUUUUUUUCUUUUAAUUUUAAUGGUUAAAUAGUCACAUUUGUCCCAAUGUGUUCAUAUAACUGUCAGAUUAAAAAGAGUUUUUGUUGUCAUAUCUGUUGGAUAAAAAGGGUAGUUCACCAGCAUCAUUUCAAAGCCUCUGCAAAUGCUCAUUGGCUGUCAAGGAAUGGGAUCACGGCAUGAAUGUUGAUAUUAAUCAUGUUUUCAGUGUGUUUGUAUGUGUUUCAGUUGAAAUGUGAAAAAUAAAAUGUUAGUCUUUUUUUUUUUUCCAUAAUACUAUGUUCUUUUAAAUGUAUUGCCAUUAAAAUGUUUAAUCUGUUAUCAAAUUUUGACACGCAGGAGCCAGUUUCAUACGGUAUGCUGCUGUGAUUUCUCGAAAUACUAGUUUAUUAUUAAGCAUUACCUUCAAAGUUUGAUUCCAGAGGUUGAUGCUUGUUCAGACUGCUGACGCUUUUUGUAGUGAGAACAGCUGUUAAGCACUAAACAAGCUUUGAGUUUUUGUUUGUUUUGUUUUGUUUUGUGCAUCUCGGUGAGUGAAGGUAAUUGUUUACAACAUUACGUUUGGACAUGCCCCUCCCUUUUAUUUACCCUCUCUCACGUGAAUAUCUUGGUACAAUUUGAAAACUCUUUGUUAUUAUUAUUAUUUUUUCUUUUAAUGUGUUAUACACAUUUGUGCUGCUUAUAGAUAUGAUUGCCUUUCUUGUAUUUAACAGUGUGGGCGGGGGGCGGGGAUAGAAUGUCACCAAUGUAGAUGUAUGUACACACAGUGACUUUGGUUUUCAUCUUGGGAGAGCAAAGCAGAUUUGUAGUCAAAGGAGAAUUAGUAGCGAUUAGUAAACCCUCUGUAGAAUUACCAGUUCACUCCAGUUUACAUUGGUUGUCAACUUUCCAAAAUAGAUGGUCUUUUUGUAUUUUUCUUUUGGGAAAAAAAAUCAACAGUGAUUUAUUGCACAUUUUGGAUACAGUUCAAGAGUUUUUUGUAUCUGCCAAUUAUAAAUUAUAAAUAAAACUAUAUUCUAAAAAAAA